AUGAUCGCUAAACUAUUAGUUCGUCAGAGAUUGAAGAUCUUUGUGGGUUUGGUGAUACUUAUUGUCACUUACCAUGUAUUUUCACUUACUAAACAACCUGCUAGUCGAGGAAAUGAUGGAUCAGGGGGUUUGAAAUUUCUUGAUUUUGCUCAGGAUAAUAGAGUACAAAAUCCUGUAGGUGAUAUUGAUGCUUCAACACCUGAUGGCAACAUUGGAGAAAAAAUUGAAGCAGCUUUAGACAAACUGUUGGAAGCCAUCAAUGAUGGAGAUAAAAACAAAUGGUCAGGUGAUAACAAUGAACAGAUGGUACCCGAACCAGAGUUUGGUGAUGAUAAAGUAUUUGGUGAUAAUUCAGAAAAACAAGAUGCAAAAGUGGCAGAAGAAAACGUCGCUGGUGAUAAGGUUGCGGGAGACAAGGGAGCAGAGGAUAAGGAAGAGGAUAAGGAAGCAGAAGAUAAGGAGGCAGAAAACAAGUUGGAUGAUACCAAAGUUGGUGGUGGGUUAUUAGAAGAUGGAAAAGAAGAAACCUCUGAAGAACAAUCUCAAGGUACUCCUAACAAGGAGAUCAGCGCUGAAACUUUGAAAACAAUCAGAGAUUACAGUAUUUUCUUCAAUCCUUUCAGCGAACACGUGAUAAAGGCCGAAUCUUUGAAGGACAAUUAUAUACUGACAAAAGCUAGGGAACUUUUCACUUCAGUUAAAGAUUUCUUACUUUCAAAGAGUUACCUUGAAACCGUCCUUAAUCUUCCCCAAGAUACUGUUGAUGAAUUGAAAGAAUCUCAUUCAAGAUAUGUCAAACACAUUGAUGUUGUAUCCAAGACUUUGGCAACUUUUGGUAACAUACUACCAACUGAUCCAGGAUGGAAUGAUUAUAAAAAUUCCAAAGGUUAUGUUCUCGUGGGAGGAGGUAGAUAUUCAUGGUUAUCAUAUUUGGUAAUAAAACAAAUCAGAGCUACUGGUUCAACUUUACCUAUAGAAUUAUUCAUUCCUAGUUCUUUAGAGUACGAAAAAGAAUUUUGUGAAACAUUAUUACCAAAGUAUAAUGCUUAUUGUAACUUGUUUGAUGAUGAGUUGUCAUUACAUUUAUCGGAGAAGUAUGAUAUUGGGGGUUAUCAAUAUAAAAUGUUAGCUUUAUUGAGUUCUAAAUUCGAAAAUAUCAUAUAUUUAGAUUCUGAUAACUUCCCUGUCAGAAACCCUGAAUACAUUUUAGAAUCUAGUUUAUUCGAAGAGAAGGGAUUGAUCCUUUGGCCAGAUGCUUGGGCAAGAACCACUAAUCCUAAAUUUUAUGAUAUUGCUGGAGUAACAAUUAAAGAGAACAAAUUACGGUAUUCAGCAUAUGAUGAUGCCAAGGGUAAAAAGCCUUUGGAAGAAUAUACUUUUGAAGAUUCUUGGUAUCAUGAUUUUGAAGGUACUUUACCAGACCCGACUUCAGAAACCGGAAUGUUUAUGAUUAAUAAGACUAAACAUCUUCGUACAUUGUUACUUAUCUUAUACUAUAAUGUAUUAGGGCCUAAAUAUUAUUAUCCAUUAUUAACACAAGGGUCAGCUGGUGAAGGGGAUAAAGAAACUUUCAUUGCAGCAGCACAUGUUCUUGAUGCACCAUGGUUCCAAACAGCCAAACAAUUUAAAUGGUGUGGAUACAAACAUCAAGUUAGUGGAGAAUUUACAUCUAAAGCUUUAGGUCACUAUGAUCCUAUUCAAUCACAAACCAAUCCCGAUGCUGAUAUUGAUAUGGUUUUUAUGCAUUUAUCUUAUCCAAAAUUCUAUCCAAAUUGGUUAGCUGAUAAUCACGAUUUGAUCUACGCUGAUCUGGGAGAUCAUAUUAGAAUGUAUGCUGAUGUUUAUGACAAUGCUGGAUAUGAUUUUGAUUUGAGAGUAUUACAGUAUUUCACUCAAGGUAUGUGUUCCAAUUAUUACGUCGAUGGUGUAGCCAUUGAUGAUGCCACCAUUAAGGAGGAAGAACAAUAUAUGGGUAGGUAUUUACAAUAUGUUAAAGGUGAUAGAGAAAUUGAAGAUAAACGUUGUGAAGAAAUUUUCAUUCCCCAUUUGAAAUGGUUGAAAGAAACUACGGAUUAUCCUAAUCUGGUUAAAAAUUAA